AAGCAUGCACCGGUACCUACCGGUGCAUGCGCAGUGAUGCACUUAAGUGUCUUUACGAGUAGGGUGGCACCCGAAAGUGUUCUCAUUUAUCGAUUUAUUCGCAGACACAUUGACUACAAGAAUUUUAUCGACUGCAAAUCAGAUCCAUUUUGUGUUUUUUUGUAUGUAUCUGUUGUAUGCUUACACAUGGACAAAUUUUUCCCAGUAUCUAGUUAUAUUUGCGAAACAGUUUUCACUGAAUUUUUUGACAUGGGCAUCGAUAUGAUACGGAACCUUUCGCUUUGAUCUGUGCAGUCCGCUGAAGCAAACGUACAUGAGAAAACUCCACUUUCCUGCAACCCAUUUUGUUGCUUCCUAGACUACUUUCAGUUUUCUGCUUACAACAGCUUCAUUUCCAAGCUUUUUCUGGAUUACCUUUUGUGCUAGCAGCGGUUUAGAUUCAAAUGGACCAACCCAGUGCAUUAACGCGUCCGAUUUUUGGAAAGGGCAACACCACUGGCUUAAUGGACAUCUGGGACUGUGCCGCUGCUUUAGCAAAUGGAAAUCUGCAAUCUCAGAAUUCCGAAGAUAUUGUCAAACCUUUUCCCAAAGAGAAACUGCGGAAUUUACUGAUUCUAGGCGGAAAAGGUGCCGGGAAAAGUACAAUCAUUCAGCGAUGUCAGCCUAACAAUUCCGCUGCAGUUAUUACCGAAACCGUCGGCCUCAGCUACUCAUUUGCCAUUAAGCAGAACGACGACGAAGUCCAGACGGCUAACAUUUGGGAGCUCGGGUCAUGUCCCCAGAUGAAGGAGCUGUGGAGAAGUGUGGUGAACGGGCAAAACCCAAGCGAAUUCGCGGUGUUUUUAGUGUUUGAUCUGUCGCGUCCAGAAGUGAUCAUCAGUAUAUUUGAAACUUUUAUUAGUUGCAUUUCCGGGCACAGCCUGCACGACGGAAAUGACUCGCGGCGGGACAACCAAAAUGAAAUCAUUGUACCGGAAAAGCUGUGGCUAAUUGGUAACAAAAGCGACAUUUUUCACACGUAUGAGCUGGAAAAACGUCAGAUUAUUUCGCGAUGUCUGCAUCAGUGCGCAAAAGCGCUGUCGGCAGGAAUUAUGUACACUUCCGCCAUUAAACAGCAGAUGGGAGAAUCCAGACUGCAGAAAGUUAUGGAGGAAACCGUGUUUGGCAGUAAAGCCGAAUCACUGGAGAUACAAAUUGAUUAUGGAAAGACAAUAUUUAUUCCACCCGAUACCCGCAAUGCACAGACAACUUCCGGUGUCACGUUUGGUGAUGUUGUCGAGCUAGUGCGCAGCGUCCGAAGCGAAUUAAACUCGCGCAUCGUCCAGAAAGCGGCUGUCGAGUUCAUCAAGGAAAUCCACGAAUGGCGAAGUAAUAGAAAAUACGCGGAACCGGAAAUAGAUGCGAUCUUGGCUGUAUCGGACGCGGAGAGUAACAGUAAAAACCAGAACAGAAGAACCACUUCCGGUUAUUUGUAAGCGUCCGAGAAUGCCGACCGGGAAACCGAAUGGCCGAGAAAAAAAACAUUAUAAUUGCCGAUGUCGAGCUGAUUAAAGAGUUCCGUUGAUUUGUUUAUGCAUACUUACAUAAUGCAUACGAACAAUGCAAUGAAAUCGAAUAAGAAACAAGGAAUAUGUAUGACCUGCAAGGUCGGAUGAGGAUCGUAACUACCGUACAUAGCGUUAAAGUCAGACGUCUUGAUUUGGCUGGGAAUUGGUUUCCAGGUCUGUUACUUCCAGUGUUUGUUAUUCGAAAAAUCGGUUUAUUGCAAUUUGCAACUGGACUCUGGAGAAGAUUUUUUGUGGGAGUCAAGUGGAUCAGCU